AUGAACUGCAAUGGGAAUUCUGUUGAAUCAACCAAGCGCGUGUUGGUUACAGGCGGUGCAGGUUACCUUGGGUCAACACUGGUACCAAUAUUGCUCCAACGUGGUUACCAAGUAGUAGUCUACGAUAAAUUUAUGUGGGGGGCGGGAUCACUCUUGGCCCAUGUAGGUAAUCCUCAUCUUGAGAUCGUCCCGGGAGAUAUUUUGGACAAAGGGCUUUUGGCUGAGCACAUGUCCACAUGUGACGCUGUUAUUCAUCUCGCUGCCAUUGUGGGUUAUCCUGCCUGUGAGAAAAAUAAGGCUGAAGCUGUUCAGGUUUGUAUUGCGGGCUAUUUGAGGUUGUGUGUGGGGCUGUGUCAGUACAAGAACCCAUAAACUGGAGCGAGCAACUUCCAUGUACUCAUGACACGGCGUUUUCACGGACCAGUUUACUUUUAGAACGGUUUUGGCGCGAAUUGAGAAUAUCUUUUAAGUCCCACAAAGCAGUCAGCAAAACCUACAGACCUAGAAAUGAUAUUUUUUCGUUUUAAUGACGUUAUGUUUUCCUUUUUGAUAUCUUAUAUUUCGAAUGCGCUCAUAGACGUGGCGGAGAUUCCAUUUUCGCGGGAAAAAGUGCCCUAAAAUGUCUCUAAAAAUAAACUUGUCCGUAAAAACGCCGUGACAUAGGCCAAGUAUGGGAGUUGCUCGCUCCCGGUUAUGGGCUCCUGGUCAGUGUUAGUCUGCUCCACAGCCGUUCUUUGUGUCGUCACGCAAUGCUCCUUCACAAAGAACGGCUUUGAAGAAGAAUNAACUGCAAUGGGAAUUCUGUUGAAUCAACCAAGCGCGUGUUGGUUACAGGCGGUGCAGGUUACCUUGGGUCAACACUGGUACCAAUAUUGCUCCAACGUGGUUACCAAGUAGUAGUCUACGAUAAAUUUAUGUGGGGGGCGGGAUCACUCUUGGCCCAUGUAGGUAAUCCUCAUCUUGAGAUCGUCCCGGGAGAUAUUUUGGACAAAGGGCUUUUGGCUGAGCACAUGUCCACAUGUGACGCUGUUAUUCAUCUCGCUGCCAUUGUGGGUUAUCCUGCCUGUGAGAAAAAUAAGGCUGAAGCUGUUCAGGUUUGUAUUGCGGGCUAUUUGAGGUUGUGUGUAGGGCUGUGUCAGUACAAGAACCCAUAAACUGGAGCGAGCAACUUCCAUGUACUCAUGACACGGCGUUUUCACGGACCAGUUUACUUUUAGAACGGUUUUGGCGCGAAUUGAGAAUAUCUUUUAAGUCCCACAAAGCAGUCAGCAAAACCUACAGACCUAGAAAUGAUAUUUUUUCGUUUUAAUGACGUUAUGUUUUCCUUUUUGAUAUCUUAUAUUUCGAAUGCGCUCAUAGACGUGGCGGAGAUUCCAUUUUCGCGGGAAAAAGUGCCCUAAAAUGUCUCUAAAAAUAAACUGGUCCGUAAAAACGCCGUGACAUAGGCCAAGUAUGGGAGUUGCUCACUCCCAGUUAUGGGCUCCUGGUCAGUGUUAGUCUGCUCCACAGCCGUUCUUUGUGUCGUCACGCAAUGCUCCUUCACAAAGAACGGCUUUGAAGAAGAAUAGGUCACUGCUGAAUUGGAUUGCAUUAAAGACCUCUAAUAGUAGCUUGCGCCUCAGACGAAUAAAACCCUGGUUAAGCGCGUCUGCGAAACAGCCCCGAAUUUCGUGUUCUGGGCCCCCAGCUGUGUACCAGGAUUUGAGUGCGCGCAAAGACUCCUGUAGUACACGUCAUGAUCGGUCUGUUAAAAAAGCCAUUAUCGAUGAGCCAAUCAGGAUGAAAGGAAAUUCGAAACUCUGGAUUCCAGGUCGGUUAGGCCUGUCGAUUGACUCAUUUUUAGGCAGAUAACUUAAAACUUAACUUGCACGUUCUAAGUGUUUUAAAAUUGAAAUAUAUUUUCUGCUAUUAUCUUGUGCAAAAGCAAUUUGUUUGGACCGCAGAGCUUUUAUACGUAAAGAAACUUCAGUUUCAUCGUGUUUUCUCUUCCUUCUGUUUUCAGUUGUUUACUUUCUCAUUUUGUUAUUUCUGUAGACAAACCAGCAAGGCACCAAGAACGUUGUAGACAGCUUAGCACCAAAUCAGCAGCUAGUUUACGCAUCCACCGGCUCAUGUUACGGAGCUGUGCUCAAUGGUCUGUGCGCGGAAGACACACCCAUCUCACCUUUGACGCUCUAUGGAAGUACAAAAGCCGCCGGAGAAAGGAUGGUCAUACAGGCUGGUGGAGUGGCACUUCGUUUGGCAACAGUGUUUGGGGUGUCCCCCCGGCUUAGGCUUGAUUUAUUGGUGAAUGAUCUCACUGAAAAGGCUGUGAGGCUGAGACAUUUUGGUCUUUAUCAGGGGGAGUUCCGACGUACUUUUCUCCACGUCAAAGACGCUGCCAAGGCGUUCGUGUUUGCAAUGGAAAAUUACAAGCGAAUGGCAGGACAGGCAUUUAACGUUGGGGACGAAAACAUGAAUUUAUCCAAGUCUGAUGUGGCUCGUAUCAUCCAACAGUGCGUGCCGGGUUGUGUUAUCACAGAAAACACCACGGGGGAGGAUAAAGACAAGAGAGAUUAUGAAGUAUCAUACAAGAAGAUCCAAGCUCUGGGCUUCCAUGCUACCAUCUCAGUAGAGGAAGGGGUACAGGAGCUUUUGAAACUUCUACCAUGCCUAAGCAAUGACGAGAUAGAAAAAGCUAGAAAUGUAUAA